GCUCACGAGCUCACUGCAGCCAAUGCAAUUUACAAAUGCAACUCUUUUAAAACAGCAGGAGUAUGUGGUCUCUGUUGCUGGCACAAUUGCGCAAAAAAACAACAUCAACAGAGUAAACGGUGCAAAGAUAAAGAGUAGGCUGGUUUACCCUGUAGCCUCACUGGAAACACCAUGACAUGAUGAAGCAGCAGAGCUUUUUGACGCACAGAGAUUUCUGCAGCAUUUUUUGUGUUUGAUUCUUUGCUGAUCUCAAAGACAACAUGCCCCACGCUCGAAAUAGGAACCCCAGCCCCAUCCCAGAGGUAACAUGGGACACGGGGCUGAAGGAGAUGAACGAGACCUGGAAAGGAGCUAUAGCCUGCCUCGGAGUGGCCGUCUUCUUUGUCAUGACCAUCGGGAUCAUAUAUUGGCAAGUGGUGGACCAGCCUAACAAGAACUGGAUCCUCAGGGGGACUUUUAGCGGACUGAUCUGGGAGAGAAGAACCCACUCGCUGGUCAUACAGACCCUGACGGAGGACAAGACCUAUGUGGAGAUAGACGUCGGGAACGUGGGGAACCCCGACAUCGAGGUUCCCUUCGUGAGGAACCUGUGCUGGCUGAAUAAAACGGAGUUCUGCUAUACGUGGGACUCGGUGGCCGAGGUGAAGAUCUCGCUGGAGGUGAAUGAGGAGACGGAGACGGAGUGCUACAGUAUGACUUGGGCGCCGGUGCACUGUCAUGUGGAGCUGAAGGACUGCUUCUCCAUGACCAACGUGUCCUGGUACGGUGGCGCCAGCGUCCGGGGUCAGACCUGGCCGAUCAACGACCAGAACGCCACUACACAGCCCUUCAUCGUGAGCGAUCUUAAGGACAAUCCCUCAGGCUUCGGCUCUGCCCUGGAACGUUACUUCCUGGGCUCAUCAGGUGUGGCAGUGCUUGUAUCUCCUGAUAUUCCCCUGCAGCUUGGGGUGGACAGCAGGCAGCAGUUCUGCCUGCAGUCGCUGCCCAGUAUGGAGCGUCUCCCUCUGCAGUACACCGUGUGUGUGGCCCACAACGUGAGAGCUGCUCACCAGGAAGCAGUGCAGCAACUCUCCCAGCACAGCAGGGAGCUGCCCAACAUGAACACACUGUGGCUGCCGUUCUGGAAGCUGCUCGCCAACAUGGAUUCAGGGCCGAAGGUGGAGAGGGAGCUGAGGACCUUCUCUAAUCGUCUGAGGAGACACCAGCUAGGGGAGGGAGUCAUCAGCCUCAAUGAACAUUCCACCACCCUCCUCUCCGAAAUGGACCAUGACUACCUCAACAGCAGGAAAAGGGGGAUGUCCAAGAGACUGACCAGGGACCUCCCACUUGUCAAGCUUCUUAACAUUUCCAUCACCCUGUCCCCUUUCCUGGGCGUGGACACCACGCAGUUCCACACCUCCCUCGUGGAUGGCACUGAGGCCUACUGGCUCAGUCUCCCCUCAGCCCCUCAGGGACAGCUGAUCCCUGUGAUGAGUCAGUGGCGAGGAAAGUUCUGCGUUAAGCUGAACAUCACCAAUCCAGGAGCAGUGAGCUGGUUCCUGGACAGGGUGGGAUCCCUGCAGGCCCAUUUGGGGAUGGAGUACAUCAUGCUGGAGGGGGGCGAAGGGAAUCUGUUUGAGGAGCAAGCCCUGCGGCCGCCGCAGGCUCUUAGUGGAGACAAGUACAUCAGCCUGCUGGCCGACCUGGCCACAAGGAUAGGAGACUCCACCAUUGUGACAGCAGGGACACGGUCAAGCCACAAGCCUCUGUUUGUGAAGAUGACCCCCUUGCAGUCCGACUGGAGCCCAAUGGGCCUGAAGGGCAUCAUUCCCUCCCUGCUGCACCACACUCUGCUGGGAUACAACUUCCUCAUUCCUGAUGCAGUAGGUGGCUCUCUGUCUGGAGACCUGGUCACAGAUGAGGAGUUGUUCAUCCGUUGGCUGGAGAUCACAGCCUUUCUCCCUGUUAUCAGCUUCCAUACGCCACCCUGGGUCUGUGGAGAGGACCGGGUGCUAAACCUAACACGGGCCUACAUAGCAAAGCACCAGAGAGAUGUGAUCCCACUGAUAGAGAAGUAUGCAGAGGAGUGGCAGAUGACGGGAAACCCCAUCUACCGGCCGAUGUGGUGGCUCAGUCCCAGCGACCCCAUGACUUUCACCAUCGAUGACCAGUUCCUCAUCGGAGACGAGGUCCUGGUGGCACCAGUGGUGGAGAGGGGGGCAGUGCAGAGGGAUAUUUACUUACCUGAUGGGGGCUUCCAGUGGCAGGACAGCCAGAACGCUCAGGUGUUCGACGGGGGGACGUUCCUACAGGACUAUCCUGUGCCCUUGGAGGAGGUGGCUGUUUUCUUACGGAGAAGCUGAGUCACAUGACCGAUCCGCCGAGUCAUCUGACUUAUCCUGUUACUGUUUUGAAUCAAAUUCUAUUUUUUUUUUUUUUUAAUUACUCGUGCUGUUCUCAACUUGCACUUUUCCACUACAGACCAUUGACCCUGUCUCAAGGCUUGAGACGAUAUGUAGAAAGAUUUUUUUUUAUACUUGCACUUUACAGUACAAAAUGAUUUUUUUUUUCUCUUUGUGACAGUUUUUUUCUUCCUUUUUUAAAAUGUUAAUCGGUUUUACCUCUUGGCUGAUUUGUUUCCGGACUUUUUUGAUUUGUUCUGCCUUUUUUUUUUUUUCUUUUUUUUUCUUUUUUUUGUAUGUAAGUCCUGGAGAAAUCUGUGCGUUUACAUACUGCAUUUCUACAGUCUUUAAAUUUUUAGUCGCUGCUGGCUCUCUUGAUAAGGAGGAACAAAGCAAGCCCAUUGUUUUGCUUGAAUCUCUCAAGAAGACCAAAUGAAGAUAUCGAAGGACGAAGGAAAAAAACAGGCUUAUUGGGAGGAAAUUAGCUCACAGAAAGCUUCGUACUGAGACCGACGCACCAUGGUACCAUAUGUCUUGCUCACUCAUCGGAGAGGCUUUUACUUGAACUUUUCAGGCCGACGGGCUGAUAUUUUAUGAAUGUACCUCAAGUUAUGGUUUUUGACUGCUUUACAGAGUCAUCAGACACAACAGCCUAUCACCCCUUAUACUUAGCACUUAUUCUUAGAGUAGUUUCACUUAAUUUAUCAACAUACCACUCCGUUGGACACGUCUGAAUGUCCCUUAGUACUGUAGGCCAGAUGAACUUGAGGCCAAGCCACUGUAAUUGUAACUCUGGCUAUAUUUGAAUUUAGAUUAGAUGUAACCUUCUUACUAACCUGCUGUAGUAAGGGCUUUUAGAAGGGCUGCUCAUUUUUUAAGUCUGUCUGAUGUUGUGUUGAUAUGCUCUUUCAUGAGUGUCUGAGGAAAGCCUUGUUGACGACACCACAUAGGUUGAAAUUACGUUUUUAACAGAUAGUUUGACAUGCUGGGAAAUACUCUUAUUCUCUUUAUUUCACGUUUUGUUCGCCGAUAUAAAAUACAUCAGUAUAUUCCCCACUUGUGAAUUUCUAAGCUUUUAGAUAUCUUAAAAAAGCAGAUCGCUAAAAAGUGGCUAAAUGAGACUUUAGAACACCAUCACGCCGAAAACGCCUUUACAGCCACACUGUGGUGGCAACAUUAAGUCAUCUGGCUGUAAUGUAGUUUGUUUAUAGCCUAACGUUAGCUUUGUACUUCUAGCAAUUGCAUUUUGCUUAAAAAAUCAUGAAAGUGGUGUUAGUUUGUGAAGACUCUUGUGCUGAAUGUAACAUAAGUAUCAUAAAAUUUGUUUGCAGCAGAGCUUAUUUUCAGCAAUAAUUCAAAAUCCAGUAGAAAAAUCCCACAGGCUUUUUUGUCGAGGGAACCAGGACGAAGCUAACUUCCAUGUCAACCUUAAAAAAAAAAAAAACCUCAUCCCUGCACCACUCUAUGGGGUUGUGUUUACCGUGUUCACGAGAGGAGUUCGUAUGAACACCAGAAAUUUUCUAGAAGCUCUGAAUUUACGAGUUGUAAUGUGAUUGCUGAUGUUUUCAGAAAUGGGGGAGGCCAUGGAAGUUCAUUUUUUGGUGGGUGGUUAGUUUAGGUUUAGGUUUAGGUUAAUAUAUUGGGAUUUUAGAAGUUAUUCUUGGUAAUUUUAUACUUUGCAUGAGGAAAAUGUUGAUAUUCCCAACAGCCUCCUCUUUGUCCUCUAUUGUUAUGCCUCUGCAUUACGUUCGCUAGCGUACUAAAUUGUUAGCCUGGUUGGCUUCUAGAUGCUGUUGCCUUGCAGCAGUGGCUUCACGACUUAAACCACUUGAACGCCAAACAUAUUGUUUACAGAACUUCCCCUGAGGUAACCACAAGCUUGCGCUUUCCAUUUAAAGGCAGCAAUAGGACUGGAAACGUGGGGAAAUAGCUCGCCUGGUCCACGGCUAACAAAAUCUGACUACCAGCACCUCUAAAGCUCACUAAUAAACAGUUUAUAUCUUGUUUAUUUAAUCCAUUCAAAAGCCAGAAUGUAAAAAUUAUGAAUUAUGGUUUAUGAGAGGUUAUGUGCUGGACUAUUUCUUGAACAGAAGCAGCGACUUCCUCCAGUUUCCAGUUUUCAUGCUAAGCUAACGGUCUCCUGGCUGGAGACGUCCUAUUUAUGAUACAGAUACAAGAGUGGUAUCAAAUCUUCUCAUUUACGUCUCAGCAAGAAAGCAAAUAAGUGCAUUUCCCAAAAUGUCAAACUUCCUCUAAUAAGACGGCAAGGGGGAAAGAGCUCUUUAGACCCCAAAAUACAUAAAUAGGAUGCUCUCAUAGGUCAGACAUCUUUUUAUUGCAACCAUCUUGGACUGAUUUUUAAAAAGUCACAGAGAUGCAGUGGCCAUUUGACAUAAACCCUGAUGAGUAUCUCAUUCUUUGGACUGUCAUUGUAAUCACAUCCAUUUCCAUCGCUUGCUUUAGCUCAGUAGGAUUACUUAUGUCAGAUCAUUUUGUAUUUGGUUUCAACCCUGACUAAAUGCUUUCAGCAAAUGAUAUGUGAAUGAGAUAACUGAUUCUCUUCAUGGAGAAAUGUAAUCACCUUUGCCCCAUGAUGCAUUGCUCUAUGUACAGUUUGUUAGUUAGUUGUCUUUACUGAUUUGUUCUUCACAAGACGAUCUUAACUGGCCGGCAGUGAUGAUACAGACUCUGAAACCUUAGUGAAUGCUUUACCACUAAAUUGAUUGUGUCACUUUGAUCCAACACGUUUACUGUAUCAACUCCAACACUCAGGUCUACUGAAGCUUAUCAAAUCACCAAAUGUCUUAGUGCAACGCAGUAUGUUGUGAACACAUUGACGUCUUAAUCUCUCCCAGAGCUGAAUGUACAAUGGACAAACUGUGAUUUCCCAACCGAGCCCUUCGUGCGGGGAGCUUUUCUGGUUCCCCGUUCUAAUACUUUUAUGGAAUGCUGUGGUAUGUUCACGUAUAAGUUGCAGGAAAAGCUUUGAUGUGUUAUUCCUUCCCUCUACAGACUGAGCGAAUCAUGUGCCUUAAUAUGCCACUCUUAAAUCUGGACGACACGAGUGUCUGGAUUAUUGCAGUAUCAGCAAUGUACAUAUUACGAUGACUGUGCCAUUACAAGUGUUUUUCUCUUCUGUAAAUCAGAGAACUUAGAAUGACA